AUGUCGGGCGGAACUCAGUCACCUCCUCUCCAGGGCAAGGCCAACGAUCCCAUGGGACAGGCGGCACCGGGCAAGGAUGCCCAGUCGGCCAUUCCGGAUAGCGAGCAGCGCGGCGAGAUUUUCGGAAAGGGCGAGUCAAAGGACCCGCAGGGCGGCCAGGCCGGCGGUGCCAAGCUCGACGAGGCCAUCGACUCGGCAAAGCAUGCAAGCAAGGCCGUGCCCGAAAAGUAG